AUGAGACAUUAUGAUAAAAGGGACAAUUUCGAUUAUACACCAUUGGUAUCGAAAGAUAGUCCACAAUAUAAGGAGAUUCAUUAUAGCGAUAAAUGGAAUAGUCAUUGGAUAAUGGCCCCCGUCGGCUCCCUCGCCUACACGCAAAAAGAUAAAUUACAAAAAGUAUUUAAGGAUAUUGGAGAUGGUGAGGAAACUACCAUUCAAGUUGACCAAGCUGGUAUAUCGGAAAAUGCGGAUUACACAUCUAAAGAUGAUGGUUUAUGGUGGUUUGCAGGAUUGGAAGCUGCCGCCUUGAAGAUGGGAGGUUAUUUCGGUUUAGAUCACGAUAAGAUAACUUGGGGUGAUCCCGUCAAAGCUUUCAAAAUGUUGACCAAUGAAAAAGCCACUUUCGAAGCUGUAAAAGACAAAGAUCAACUUAAGAAAAUAUUCAAGCGAUCCAAAGAUAUCCCAGUCAUAAUGGGAACAGGUCAACACAGUGAUGAUCAAUUAAGCCUAAGUACAUGGUCAUGGUACACUAUCCUGGAAUAUACGGGACAAGGUCUAAAGACUUCAAAUGAUAAAGUAAUACCGAAUGGGUGA